CCCGCGACAGGUCUGGAAGUGCAAGGAGGAGGAGGCAGGAAAAACGCUGCCGGAGCGGGGAGCGAUGGCGGUGAGCAAGAAAAAGGGACAAGUUUGAUACUGUAAAACUGGGGCAUUGUGUGCGUGUGAUCUUUCGGCGCCUAACACGAUGAAACAAGUAGAAGAUGACUUAGCUGUGAGUUUUUAGUUGUGACAACUGUGCUCUAACGAGGCUGCCGGACCCAUGGCACCGCUUGCGUGAAGUUGAGUUCACCAACAAACAGCGACAGUCUCUCCAAACCAGGCUUUUGUGAUUUGGCUGCAGUCAUAAACAAGCAAAAAUGAUCAAAGCGGAAAGCAAAGGAGGCGAGAGGACCCUAAGGAGCGCUUCUCCUCACAGAAAUGCAUACAAGUCUGACUUCCACGCCAUUAAGUGCUCCUUUGAUGGGCCAAAAUCCGAGGGCGCUGCCAAAUCAUAUGCAAAUGGGUCCAGUGACUCCCGGGAGGACUCAAGGGGGAGGCCUUUUGGGAACAGAGUGAACAAGAUAAAAAACAUAUUCCUACAGAUGGAUGGCCAGCAACAGGAGUGCCAAGAGGGGAAAGUGACUUUAAAGUCGGAGGUGUCCCCAGUGUCUCCGACCAAGCUUCCAGUCAACACCCACAGAGUUAACCUCAGCAGUGCUGCAAGCCCAGAAUCACACAAUUUAGAAAAAACACCCAAAGGGGAAGAGGUUGAGAUUGACAAAGUGGCUUUGGCAGAGAAGUUUUCUGUGACCAGAAAACUCUUUGAAAGGGGCGUGAAAGAGCAGCCUGCAGCUGACAAGCAGUCACAAAACAGACUAGUAAAUCGUUUGUCCCUCGGAAGUGCCUCCGAUGAGAGGAAAAGCACAAGGAGAGUGUCAGGAUCCUCCGAGACCUCCAUCAAAUCAGAGCAAACGCCUACAUCACCAGUUGAAUGUCGACCGGAUGAGAAUCCUGAUAGUGAGAAAAGGCAUGGGGCUAGUGUGUCACUGAAUGCAGGACCCAUUUCCAAAAGGAUGGAGAGUUAUAUGGCAGAGAAUGACUCGGAAGACAACAACACAGCAGCUGCAAAAGGAGGAACAGGGUCUGCUAAACAACACAGUGCCCCUGACCACUUACUGCCUACCUCUCCGACAAGGGACAGUUUGCACAAAUCUACUUCUCCUGUUAAAGAAACCACUAACUCUACUCCUGUGUAUGAUGCCACUAACAAAAAUACAUCCCAGACAGCGUGUGUCAGUAACAAACCAGUGUCUUUGGGGUCUAGUGUUGGGCUUAAACCAGCAUUCCCAGUUACCAAUGCAGCAUACAAAUCUGUUUGUCCAACAACUGAUGUCACUCACAAAACCCUCUCAGCAGAGCAAACAACCCCAGUUAGCCAUGGCUACAAAUGCGUCUCAUCAUCCGGUGAUGGAUUUAGUAGGACAUCUGUUGGUGGGGAUGAAGACAAGCCACAUAGUCUGCCCCCAAGGGAUGUGAAGCAGCCUCUUCCAUCAGCUGGUGGUUUUCAGAACACCAGCAGGGCUAAAUACCCUGAAAAGGCCAGGAGUAAUGACAGUGCGGUUCAUAGUCCUAACAGGGACAAGCCACUCAGCCAGACCUCAUCUCCAGACUCCAAGGGGGUGAGCAUGGUACGUGCAGAAUUAGUAGUGGUUCAGAAUGAGUCCUCAGAAAGUGAGGAGAAUGAGGAGAACAUUGAAGAUAAUGUGUUUCAGGAGCAGAAGGUGCAAAGCCCCAAAGAGCUUCCAACAGAACUGAAAAGAACCAUUCCAGCAGACAGACAGAACUGUAACCCUGCUCAUCAUGUCUUAGCAAGAGAUGUCGCAAAAGAGACAAAAAGGAUAGCAGAGACUGUGGGUGAAGGUAGAGUCUUGGAGAACAGCGAGCGAUUUGGGGUGAAAGAGGGAACACGGGAAGACAAAUCAGUUGUGAGUCAGGAUGGGGACAGUAAUCAUGAGGAAGAUGAUGAAGUGGCAGAGGAGGAGAGUGAGCUGGAGGAGCAGGUGGACCAGAGCAUCCUGGAAAGAGCCUCACCAGUCGUGUACGGUAUAGAGAACGCCGCAUUUGUGGAUGACAGAGAUGUAGAUCAGGUCCUCAGGGAAGAAGAAGAGGAGGAGGAGGAGGAAGUGGAAGAUCAAAUGUUUGGGGAGUAUGACAACUGUUAUGAGGCCCCCGGUCUGUCAGAGGAGGAGGAGCCUCCCCCAAAGAGGAAAAUCAAGUUCUCCAUAGACCCCAUUGUGGUCUUCAAUACCUUCUCCAAUGAGGAAUAUGAUCGGCGUAACGAUGAUGUGGACCCAGUCGCAGCGUCUGCAGAGUAUGAGCUGGAGAAGAGAGUGGAGAAGAUGGAUGUGUUCCCUGUGGAGAUUGAGAAAGGAGACAAUGGACUUGGCAUCAGUAUCAUAGGAAUGGGAGUGGGAGCUGACCAGGGCCUAGAGAAGCUUGGCAUUUUUGUGAAAACAAUAACAGAGCAAGGAGCAGCUGAGAAGGAUGGACGCAUACAGGUGAAUGACCAAAUAGUGGAGGUGGAUGGUAUCAGUUUGGUGGGCGUCACUCAGCUGUUUGCUGCUACAGUCCUGAAGAACACCAAAGGCACAGUAAGGUUCCUCAUUGGACGGGAGAAGCCAGGGACGCAAAGCGAGGUAGCCCGCCUCAUAAGCGAGACACUGGAGCAGGAGAAGAAUCAGCAGCAACAUCAACUCCUAGAUGACCCCUAUGAACACUCUACAGAGGAGGAGGAGCGCUAUGAGGAGGAGGAGGACGAAGCAGAUGAGAGGAUUCUGGGCUCUAAUUUCUCUCCAGGGCGGAGCGUAGAGGUGUUUGAGCUGCCUGAUUCAGAGGCUUUGUUUAUGCCAACCAACAUGGACAGCUCUCAGAUGGCAUUCAAGUUCAAUGAGCUGCAGCUCAAACACAGCAUUGCUGAAGCUGAAAUAAAUCAACUAAAGGAAAAGCUAAGGGCAUCUGAGGAGGACAAAUCCUUGUGGGAAGACAGGGAGUCUGCACUGGAGCAAAAAAUCGAGGAUAACAACAACAAAAUCCUGAAGUUGGAGAGUUACUGGCUGGAAGCCCAGGUUCUGUGUAAGACUGUGAAUGAGCAAUUAGCUGAGACUCAGACUCAAUAUGAGACCCUGGACAAGAAGUACAACAAGGCCAAGAAACUGCUCAAGGACUACCAGCAAAAAGAAAUUGACUUUGUGAAGAAAGAGGAGGAGCUGAAAAAAAUUCUAGAUGAGAAAGACAAGUGGUACAAGGAGCAGCUGGAGAGCUUGCAGAACAGGAUAGCUGUCCUGGAAUCUCAAGGGAACUCAGGCGUGGAGCGUCACAGUGGUCGGGACUUAGCAAGAGACAAGACAUUAGGCGGCCAAGACCAAGUUACCAGCACACAAUCUGUUGACUCACUACUAGAACAAGACUGGAGUGAGUUGGUCCCUGAGACUGAGCGCUUGGACACAAGUGCACACAGAGCAAAAGGCCUGCUGGCUCAGAAGGCCAGACGUCAGCCUCCGUCUCGAAGCAAACUGAAGGAGAACCUUGCAGUGGCUUCAAGUCACUCUCAGGAAACUGAAGAGGAAGAGGAUCAAGAGGAGCAGGAAUCUCCCAGGAGGAGGAGGUCCAUCCAGGAGAGCCUUUCCCUCCCAGUGCCUGUGUGCUAUCCUGGAAAUGGACAGAGAGAUGAUCCAGGAGAGACCAAAGAUAGAUCCAGGAGUAAGGCAGAGCUCUCCAGCAGCCCGUCUUUGUCACCAUCACAGGGAGACAGUGUUGAAAGCAGCGGAAGUCCUUCUUUGUCCCCUCCAAAAGACAUCUCCUCAUCACAUUCCCCCUCUGGGUUCAUGCGCAGUGCGAAGAAGAGGGAGUCCAAAGGCAAGAGCAAAGAGCUAAAAGAGGAGCUAAAUGAGGCAUCAUCAGCAGGAAAGCUUAAGAGAAGAUUUCCAGACUUUGGAGGCCUCCGGAAGUCAGGUGGCAAGGGGAAAAAACAUGACAAGGAGGCGAUGAGAGCAUCUUUGGACAGCAGGGGAUCGGCAGAGUUACUGGAGGAGUCUGGAGGGAACCUAUCUCCUGCAGAUUCAAUGACCUCCAUCCCUACAUGUAUGCCCUUCUCCUGGUUUGGAGACAAAGAGAGGGACAGAGACAGAGAGCCCUCAUCUUCCAGCAGCAGUCUGCCGUUCACUGCAACUGAAACCAGCAGUGAACAAAGCCAGGAUCGCAAGAAUAAGACAAAUCUCUCCUGGUCCUCUUUAUUCAGUCGCUCAUUAGAUUUGAGUUUUUCUGUCAUAGAUGAUUCUAACCCUGCCAGUCCCCAUUCAGACAUCUCUGGGUUAGUUGCUGAACCCAAUCUGUCUGGGCGCUCACACACUUUAAUCUUCUCUUCCAGCGAGACUUUGGAUGAUGAACCAGUAGCUCCAGGAAAAGAGUAUCAGUGGCAGAACCGGCCCGUCUCUGAAUGGACCAAUCAACAGGUCUGUCACUGGUUGAUGGGCAUGAAUAUGGACCAAUACACACCUGAAUUCACAGCUAAGGGUGUGGACGGCCAACAGCUCUUGAACUUGGACAGUGACAAGCUGAAGGCACUUGGCGUGUCAAGUCAGAGCGACCGUUCAACUAUCAAGAAAAAGCUGAAGGACAUGCGUAAGGCCCAGGAGAAGCAGGAGAAACAGAGAGAGAAAAGAGAGAAGGAGGUUCGACGCAGUGGGAGACUGCCAGCCAGCACUGACUCUGUCUGCUGAGGUAGCACCUCUUUACUCAUAAAGGUCAUCACUAGCAGAACCCUGAGCAAACCUGAUUUUAUACUUUUGGUGCCAUGAUGUUCGUGCCACAUGAUUUUAACGGCAACGACCACAGAGCACAGCUGCCAGGAGUGCACCUGUGCCAACUGAGGUGCCAGUUGUGAUUUAUGUUCACACUGCAGCUCCUGUUUCUUUUCUUAUCAUUUCUUCCGAAUAUUCAGACACAUUUUUAGCUCAAACUAUUUUAACUGAACAAUGGGGGAUGUCAAAAAAGUUGGGUAUGUGACCAAAAAGGAAUCCUAACAUUUUUUACCACUCUAGAAAGUUAGAAGCUAUAAUUAUAAAAAAUAAAAAAAAAGUCUGUUUCAGAGGUAUUGUAGUAGUUGCAGAUCAUGCACAUAUUUACCUAUGGAAGUCAAAUGUAUACUGCUUUUUCAGCAUUUUAUAUUUUUGCUAGUAUAACUUGCCUGUUUCCAUGUGCAACUCUUUUGCAGGAACAGUUAUUGUACAGUUCUGAUAAAAGCACUAUAUUUGCCUUUUAAGUUUCAAUGGGCGACAAGGUUUUAAAUGUAUAAGUAAGUUUUAUACAUGUGCCUAAUAACUGCAUAUCUUUUUUUUUUUUUUUUUUUUACCAUUGUUCAUUUUAUACUAUCUAAAUUUUUCUACUAAGUAGAAUAGCUAGGUUGUCAUUUUUGCUGAAUGAAAAGCAACAAACAAAUCAAGUAGGGACGAGGUGAAUGCUGCUUCUGCUGUCUGUGACUCUGGCUGUGUGUCGCUGACAAGGUACCAUAAUGCUCCGUGUAAAUACACACGGCAUGCAAGUCUGCUACAUGUAUACCUCACCGGCCCGUCAGACGGUAAGCCUAUGACAAGGACUUGUGUGAGUCAGGAGCACAGCGUCGUGUAUGAAUGUGUGGCUGAACGGUGAGUCGUUCACAGUCAAACCGCCAUGUGUUUCCUUUCUUCUUCUUGAGCAUGUCUCCAUGUUGGACUGCAAGAAAAUUAUGUUUUCCACAACUUCUGAAUCAGAGAAACAUUUCUUGGUACAUAUAGCAUCAUUAAACUAAUUUUCACUUUA